AUGCCCUCCAUGCCCCCUGCCCUUGCAGAACCCCAUGUUCUGAACCAAAUCAUCAUAUCGCCUUCCGACACCGACUACCUAGAUCAGCUAAUCCCCUCCAUUCGCGAGUACAGCGUGGGGAAUCGGACUCCCCAAUUACUUCAAUCCUUGUCCAGAUUUGCAAGUGACAAGGAGGCAGAGAUUGAGAGGAUAUGUAACACAAAUCAUCAGGAGUUCGUCUCGUCAGUCAACUCGUUACUUCGAAUCCGGGAAGGCACGGUAUCCUUAACGGCAGAGAUCCUGGACCUCAACCAAUCGAUUCAAACAAGUACCGAGCGACUAGCCGAACAGAAAAAAGCCUUGGUAGAAUCACGGGGCCACCGCCAAAAUAUCGAUGAGACUUCGAGGGCGAUUCAAGAUUGCCUGGAAGUGCUUCGUCUUGCAAAUCAAGUUCAUGACCUGCUAGCCAAGAAGAACCACUAUGCGGCCUUGCGCGCCUUGGAAGAGCUGCAAAACGUUCAUCUGAAGGGGGUGACCCAAUACAAGAUCGCCGUCAUGAUUCAGCGCUCGGUGCCGGCCACCCAGCGCGCAAUCGCCGAGGCCGUCAUGUCAGAUUUGAAUACCUGGCUCUACCGCAUCCGCGAGAUGUCACAGUACCUUGGGGAAAUUGCGCUCUUUCACACCGACCAACGCAAAUCAAGGCUCAAGCAGAGAGCUGAGAAGGUUCCGUACCUCGAACACUUCAACUUGAACUCUGCCAUCGAAUUGGUAGCCGAUGAGGACGAAGAAUAUGAUUUACUUGAGAACGAAGAUUUACAGGUGGAGUUCACUCCAUUAUUUGAGUGUCUGCAUAUCCAUCAAUCUUUGGGGCAAAUAGACAAAUUUCGAAUCGAGUAUGCCAACACUCGCCGCCGCCAAAAGGAUCUUUUAACUCCACCCUCCAUUACUCUCAUAGAUGAAGAUGGGGCCAGCCUUCACAACCUUCUGGAGGAAAUGGCAGGAUUUGCCAUUGUUGAACGAGCUACGAUGAAAAGAGUGCCUGAUUUGAGAUCAUCGGUUGAUAUCGAUGAGCUCUGGGACUCCAUGUGUCAGGCCGCGGUGGGCGUGAUAUCCAAGGCUCUUCCCGAAGUAGACAAUGCCGAAAACAUCCUGAAAAUCAAGAACCUGAUUGCUUUGUUCAUGCAGACCAUGAAUACUUGGAAUUUCCCGGUCCGAGUCUUCGACGACUUCCUCUUGAGACUUUUUGAGAAAUAUGCAGAGCUCUUGAAGAGGAGGUUUAGUGAUGAUUUUCAAGAAAUUGUAUCGACGGACGAUUACAUGCCAAUGCCAAUUCAGACUUUGGAAGAAUACGACAAGGUGCUCAAUGUGAGCUGGUAUAGUCCCGACAAGCCUCGUGAGGAGCAAAUCUUCCCCUGUAUCCUGCCAUUUUCAAGAAUGUAUCCACUGUGCUGCAUCGACAUUCGGAAUUUUUUGAAUCAAUUCUAUUUCUUCGCAAAUGAUGACUUUUCGCACCCAAAUGUCAUUGAUGAGACCUUAAAGGAUGCGUUGGAUGAUCUCCUUUCGCGCAAGGUCUGCGAUACUUUAGUCGAGCGCCUUUCCUCGCAGUACCUGGGGCAGAUUGUUCAAAUUCUUAUCAACUUGGAGCACUUCGAGUCGGCUUGUCAUGAGCUCGAAUUGCUUCUUGCGGCUGCGAGGUCUCAGAACUCCACGGGCACAUCUAUUACUCUUAUGGCAACUGAAAAGUUCCGGAGCAAUAAAAAAUCCGCUGAAAAACGCAUUUUUGAGGUCGUGAACUCCAAAAUUGACGAUCUCAUCGAAACAGCAGAAUACGAAUGGAUGUCUCCAACUCCCCCAAGCGAACCCAGUAACUACAUGCAGACCUUGACUCGAUUCCUCUCCAAUAUCAUGAACUCUACGCUGCUGGGACUGCCCACUGAAAUUAAAGAGCUCAUAUAUUUCGACGCCCUCAGCCAUGCGGCGAACAUGAUUUUGGCGCAACCGCUGGCAUCGGAUGUCAGAACCAUCAACCCCAAUGGUGUGAUGGCCUUGGCCAAGGACGUGGAGUACUUGGCUCAAUUUGUGGAUAGUCUUAAUGUCCCUAUCCUGCGUGAAAAUCUCGAUGAGCUCCAGCAGACCGUGCAGUUGAUGCAAGCAGAUAAUGCGGAUGAAUUUUAUGAUAUCUCGACUCGGAACAAGAAAUACGGACGAGUGGACGCCAUGCAGGGGCCCCUUUUGCUUGAGAAGCUUACGAGGACGAUUCAAGCCCCUAGCAAGGUGGACAAGUUCACCACCCUUUCUUCUCGUUUCAAAAAGAAUUGA